UUUUGGUUGGUAAUGCACUAUUUGUCAGAGAUGACUGAAGAGCAAACACUAGUAAUGUACAGUGGACAUCCUCUGGGACUCUUCCAUCAGUAUGCUCCUCGAUUAAUCAUUACUAAUGGCAUGGUUAUUCCCAACUAUUCCACCAGAGAUGAAUAUGAGAAGAUGUUUGCUUUGGGAGUAACAAUGUAUGGUCAGAUGACUGCAGGGAGCUACUGCUACAUUGGGCCUCAGGGAAUAGUCCAUGGGACUGUGCUCACAGUGCUCAAUGCAGGCCGUCGCUACUUGAAGGCAGAAGACCUGUCUGGAAAGGUGUUUGUUACUUCUGGUCUUGGAGGGAUGAGCGGGGCUCAAGCAAAGGCUGCAGUCAUUGCUGGGUGUGUGGGGAUCAUUGCAGAGGUUGAUGAAGCAGCACUUUUGAAACGUCACAAGCAGGGAUGGCUGAUGGAAAUCUCUAACAACCUGGACCAUUGCAUUGCUCGCCUUAGAGAUGCAAGAAAGAAUAAAAUUGCCCUUAGUUUGGGUUACCAUGGGAAUGUGGUAGAUCUAUGGGAGAGGCUAGUGUAUGAGCUGGACACAACAGGAGAGCUGCUAGUUGAUUUGGGGUCUGACCAAACUUCAUGUCACAACCCAUUCAGUGGAGGAUACUAUCCAGUACAGCUUGGCUUUGAGGAAGGAAAGCAGCUCCUUUCCACCAAUCCAGGGAAGUUCCGGACCCUGGUACAAGAGAGUCUGAAGAGACAUGUGGCUGCUAUUAACAGACUAGCUGAUAAAGGCAUGUUUUUUUGGGAUUAUGGCAAUGCUUUUCUCUUGGAAGCUCAAAGGGCUGGUGCUGAUGUUGAGAAAAGAGGAGCCAAUAAAACAGAAUUUCGAUAUCCUUCCUACGUUCAGCACAUCAUGGGGGACAUUUUUUCCCUGGGAUUUGGUCCAUUCCGCUGGGUUUGUACCUCAGGUGACCCACAGGAUCUUGCUACCACUGACUCAAUUGCCAUGUCUGUGCUGGAAGACUCUAUACGUCAGGGAGUGAGCACAUCUGUGAAGCAGCAGUACCAUGACAACAUCCGCUGGAUUCGGGAAGCUGGCAGGCACAGCUUGGUUGUUGGCUCUCAAGCUAGAAUCUUAUACUCUGAUCAGAGGGGUCGUGUGUCUAUAGCUGUGGCUAUUAAUCGAGCGAUUUCUGAAGGAAGGAUUAAGGCUCCAGUAGUCCUCAGCCGAGAUCACCAUGAUGUGAGUGGGACCGACAGUCCUUACAGAGAAACGUCAAACAUUUAUGAUGGAUCAGCCUUUUGCGCAGACAUGGCGGUACAAAAUUUUGUAGGAGAUGCAUUCAGAGGAGCGACCUGGGUUGCAUUGCACAAUGGUGGUGGAGUUGGCUGGGGUGAAGUGAUCAAUGGGGGAUUUGGCCUGGUUUUGGAUGGAUCCACAGAGGCUGAAGAACGGGCUAAGAUGAUGCUCAGCUGGGAUGUUUCCAAUGGAGUUGCCAGACGCUGCUGGUCGGGUAAUGACUAUGCUUAUGAAACGAUCUGCCAAGCAAUGAAAGAGAAUGACACAUUGAAGGUGACUCUCCCUCACAAGGUGGUGGACGAGAACAUCUUGGAGCAAGCCCUGAAACGUUAG